AUGGGGAGUGGAGGCAGCAAAUUUAAUAAAUAAUUAAACGAUUAAACUGACCAUAAGCGGGUAAAUUUAUUAGUAUUGUCUUGGCUCCAGGAAUAGUUGGCUUGAUAGACUCCGGAGUACAAAUGAGGAAAGUGGAAGGCUUUUUUUUUUUUGAUUUCUGGCCAGUCUAAGGGAUCAGCUCCCUAGAUCGGAGUCAUCGUCAUCUGAAGAGUGCCUAAUGGUCAUGAUGAGAGAAGACCAUGUGUAGGUAAAACCUGACUAGCUAUCUGGCUGUGACAUCAUAUUUAAAAAGGGACAAGUCCCUGCUUCAGUUUUCAAAAGGAGAGGUCCUCCUGCUCCAUAAGAGUGCCUCGGAGGUUAAUUUCCCUCAACUCACCAUUUUAUUUCUGGAGGCAGCAAGGAAUCUGUGAUGCACGGUCUUAAAGAAGAAAUCGAUAAGACCAAGCACCAAAAGCAUAAGCUAGAAGAAGAAAGGGAAGAGCUCAAAGAAGACCAAAAGAAACACCAAGAAAAAGAGGCUGAACACCAGCGAAAGCUAGCAGAGGUAAAACAGAUUCAUGAAGGCCUUGACAAGCGUCACAAAGAACUCAAAAGAGAGCUUGGUAACGUUGAACCCGAAGUACAAGCUGUCAAGAACAAGAAGAUCGCCUUAGAUGACAAAGUCAGAGUCGAUAAAAUAGCCAUAAAAACUAUGAACCAAGAAAUCGCCCAAGGUCAAGAGCACAUUGCUCAAAGCAAAGAAAUCAUCCAUACAAGAACAGAAGAAAUUGAAAAGCUCAGGAAAAAAGUAGAGAAGAAACAAGAAAAGCUUCACAAGUUCGAUGGGGUUGAUGCUUAUUUUUUAUAAAGAAAUUUAAUUUAUUUUUCAAAAUGGUUAUAACCUUGGUUUUAAAAAAUGAAAAAAAUAUAACUCCCGUCCAUGAGCAAAAAAAUUUUAUUCACAGAGGGUGUUAAUUUUUUUUUUUAAAUUUUUCUCAUAUUUUUUUUUAAUUUAAAAAGCCCCUAUUUGAAAUAAUUGAAAGCAAAUAUAGAAUUUUUCCAUAGAUGGCGCUGUUUGCCCUUGAUUUGCCCACUGAGAAAAUUUUUUGGUUUGUCCAAACCAUAUGGUACUGGUCGAACCAAAAAAUUUUCUCAGUGCCCAAAUCAAGGGCAAACAGCGCCAAAUUUGGGAAAAUUCUAUAUUAAUUUAAUAUUUAUAAAAUGGAUGCUUUAAAAUGCAAACUGUUUAAAAUUAAACAGAGGUUUAAUUACAGCAAUUAUCAUUUAUAUAGCAAAAGUUUUCUGGUUCAGCUACAGGAGGAGUAAGUGAAAUUCAUAUAACUGGCUUUUUACCUGGAAAAAUAAAAACUAGCCGGGUUGAGGAGAGAAAAAAUGCAUUGACGUCAGAAGUCGCAAAUCUAGAAAAGCAGGCCAGCGACAAAGAAAAAGAAAUCCAAGCAGGAGAAGCCAGAAUUGAGAACAGAAAGAAAGAAAACAAAAGAAAGAAAGAGCUUCAAGGGCAAAUUGAAGACGAAAAAGAAAAAACUCCAAAAUUAACCAAUAAACUCAGUGAUGUUGAACAAGACGUCGCAGAACUCGUCAAUCUCCAACAAUCAGGAAUCGCAGUUCAAGCUGAAAACGAUAAAAUUAACCAGCAAAUUAACGCAACAGCAAUAACUCCUCAGGAAACUGACGCCAUGAAUAAGCUCAAAGAAACAGUCCGAGGCAAGGAAAAAGAAAUCGCUGACACUGAGCUCAUGAACUCCAGAAGAAACAAGCUCGGCAAGCAGCUGAACGAAACAAUGGCCAUUACCCCAGUCCUCGAAAAGAAAAAGGCCAAAAUUGUUGACGACAUCCACGCCCUAGAAAGAGAAAUCAAGAUGAGAAACGAAAAAGAGACUGAAGCCCUCGCUGAAGAGCUCAAUAAAAAAAUAAACAAGCUUAACGAUCAUGAAGCCGAAAUUAAUGAGCAUUAUGGAGAAGAACUGAAGAAGCUAGAAGAAAUAUUGGCAAAGAAAGCAGAAAAGAAGAGCAGAAGAGAAGAAGAGAGAAACGAAAUCCUUGGAAGAGUCAAUGAGCUUAAAACUGAACUUGCAGCAGCUUAA